CCUACUGAUAGCGACAAGAAAGGCGCCAAAUUGGCCAAGGAAGCAGCGGCAUUCUCGACGAGGGAAGAUUGGCCAUUCUACCCGCCAGACUGGGCGGACAUCCAACUUAGAUCAUCAACCUGGCGAUGGAGGCGUGAUGCACUCCAACAAGAUCGAGUCCAGCAGUUCAGGCGGACAACAACUGGAAGAUACACUAGAGAGCUUGAUGCGGCCCUACCAGGGAAACAUAUUAAAAGACUCUAUGAUCAACUC